CAGGUGUAUAUACCAGGGUUGAUAGAUGUUUUAUGCAUGCACAUUAUGUGUGAAACAUGUAGUCAAAACUGUGUUCUAUAGACGUCAUGUCUCCUGCAUAAUGGCAGUAAUACUGUCUAUACGUCUAUCUAGGGGCACACUGAAGGAGUUCGGACUAGCCCCACUGAUGCGAGAGAUAAGCUUAUCACACCAAACCUUGUUUUCUUGUAUGAAA